AUGCGAUGCUUGGACUGCAGUUGUAUCGAGUACGAGAAACAAACAGGGGGCCACACUCGGCUGAAGCGACUGCGGACUGAACCGUGGAUUUUAUUGAAGCCAGUCUCCGUCCAUGAGGCUGACAUCUACAGGCAAAUAGCCGACCGUCGUUCUCCGCUGCAUGCCCUACAACCCAUCACCGCUCCCUUCUUCGGCAUAGAGGAAGCCGUCAACCGCUGCAGCGGGUGCGGCGGAGACAAGUACCCUUCAUUCGAUGACCGUCCACUUGAGGACCGUCUACUUGAGGACCGUCCACUUGAGGACCGUCUACUUGAGGACCGUCCACUUGAGGACCGUCAACCGGAGGACCGACUCCCUGAGGCUCACGAGUGUGAGGCUCACGCGUAUAAGGCUUACGCGUAUGAGGAUCACGAGUAUGAGCCUGCUAGUCCGGGGAGUCGUCACCCCCUGGGGAAUCGUCAGCGGCCGGGGACUGGGGGUCGGAUGCCUGGCAGUGGUGAAUGGCUAGGCGGGGAAGACAUGGUUGGGGGGCGGACCAAGUCCUUCCCGUGCAUACUUCUAAAAGACAUUAUCUAUGACUAUGAGGCCGGGUGUUUGAUGGACAUUAAGAUGGGCGUCUGUCAGCGUACUCUGCACAACCGAAGUCCGCUGAAGGUGUUUCGACAGUUAGUCAAGUCCCUCACCACGACUAGCAGCACCCUGGGAUUUCGGUUGUGUGGCACACGCGUGCAUCCGCAGCCGGGAGUCCUCGUGGUCAAAGAUAAGUACUGGGGACGGAGCAUUAGCGCCCAGUCCGCGCGCCAAGAGAUAAUCGACUGCUUCUCUUAUAACUUUGCGCCGAGAACACCCCUGGUUGCCACCCUGGUCAACCAACUUUCUGCUAUCCACUCGAUUGUCAACAACCUGCGAGGCAUGAAGUUCUGGGGAGCUUCACUCCUUGUUCACUGGGACGCGGAGAAUAUCGAUAAGUGUGGAAUAGCGCUGAUUGACUUUGCCAACACCCUGGUUGAUCGGCGGCCAGGCGUUGCUGAACCUGACCAGGAGUUGUUGUUUGGGAUCAAGUCAUUGCGAUCGAUUCUGGUCAGCAUCUUGUUGCCGAAGUCCGUGCCAGCAUCCCCCAAAGCCAUGGCACUCUCCCCCAAGACAGCGUGCUUUUCUGUCGGGGCUGAGAGCGCAGCUGACGACGAGGGUCUAGUCUCUGCGUCCAGUGGUACUUAA